AUGGUGAACAUUCCUAAAACCCGCUGGACUUUCUGCAAGAAGGGUGGCAAGCACCAGCCCCACAAAGUGACACAGUACAAGAAGGGCAAAGAUUCUCUUUAUGCCCAGGGAAAGCAGUGUUAUGACAGGAAGCAGAGUGGCUAUGGUGGGCAGACUAAGCCAGUUUUCCAGAAAAAGGCUAAAACUACAAAGAAAAUUGUGCUGAGGCUUGAAUGUGUUGAGCCCAACUGCAGAUCUAGGAGAAUGCUGGCUAUUAAGAGAUGCAAGCGUUUUGAACUGGGAGGAGACUAAGAAGAGAAAGGGCCAAGUGAUCCAGUUCUAAGCUUCAUAUUUUGUUAUACUAUGAAGACAAUAAAAUCUUGAGGUUAUGUUCACUUCAUUUGGUUGCAGUU